AUGAAGGGCAAGGAGGCCGAGGUUGUCGCCGCCGCGGAGGCUGCGAUCGCCGCCGCGGAGACGCGAGUCGCCCCGCUCAGGGAUCCCACGCUGCACAUCACUCACAGCAUGGACAUUGCUGAUAAAGUCGGUGAACUUGAGGAAAGGGCCCGGAGACUGGCUCGCGAGGAGGUUGAAGAAAUGAGGCGGGGCCGCGAGCUGAACAUCAUCACCACGCCCGUGAACCCGACGAAGUGA